AUGCCAUCUCGUUUCGAUGAGACCCUUGAAAAAUUUCGGGAUUUGAUCAUGCAGAUCGAAGUUCGUUAUCAUGAGGAAGAAAAUGCUUCAGAUUUGCUAAAGAAAUGCCGAAAACUCAUGACAAAACUCGAGUCGGAAACCAUGAAUGCGGAAGAUGCUUCGCAAGAACAAGAGUACAUUGACACUGUGUUGGCGUGUAAGAUGCAACUUCAAUCCUACUCACUAAUCAAUGAUCAACGCGACGAACUAUUCGUUGGUGCCAAUACUACACCACAAACUCCUGCAGCAAGAAGAGAUGGGCCACCGUCCAGCAGUGACCCACUGAGUAGGCAAAACGACAUGGUCCGCAAUGCCUUGCAAACCAUGAGAGAGACGGAGGAAAUUGGAGAAGAAAUUGGACAAGAAUUACACAGGAAUCGUGAAAGAUUGCAGAAUACAAAAGGCAAUGUGACUCGAAUUCAGGACAUGACAGGCCAGGCCAACAACAUGCUCACUUCCAUGAUAAAGCGAUCGAAGCGAUGGUUCUAG